CGCCGAGCUCGGUUCUCCUCGUUCGUUCUUCGUGCUCCAAGAUGGAGGCACUAGGGGGUUAUCCCACCAAAUCCUCCAACCCCAGAAUCAAGAGGUUGCGGGUCCUGCUGAGCAUGACAGUGGGUGUGGGGUGUUUAUUCCUCCUCCAGACUCAGCUGGUGAAACCCAGAAAACCAGAGGACUUUUAUUCCUUUGAGGUUAAAGACGCCAAAGGGAGGACGGUUUCCCUGGAGAAGUACCGAGGAAAAGCGUCGCUGGUUGUAAACGUGGCGAGUCAGUGCGAGCACACGGAGCUGAACUACAGGGCUCUGCAGGAGCUGCACCGGGAGCUGGGCACCUCGCACUUCAACGUGCUGGCCUUCCCCUGCGGCCAGUUCGGGGACACGGAGAAGGGGCUGAGCCGAGACAUCGAGGCGUUCGCCAAGGCCACGUACGGAGUCACCUUCCCCUUCUUCAGCAGGGUCAAGAUCAUGGGCUCGGAGGCCGAGCCUGCGCUCAGGUUCCUCACAGAUUCCGUGCAGAAAAUACCAAAGUGGAACUUUUGGAAGUUCCUGGUGAACCCGGAGGGGAAGGUGGUCCGGUUCUGGCGGACGGACGAGCCCAUGGAGAGCAUCCGGCAAGAGGUCACGUCGCUGGUGCGAGAGAUCAUCCUCAAGAAGCGGGUGGAGCUAUGAUGGAGUUUCCCGGUAGAUCCUGGACGUGCUGCUCUGUGUUCCUGAGCUCCGACAGCCAGGAGUGUCUGAACUGUCACCAGUGAGAGCGGCCGGGAGGUGCAUCGCCCAACAAAUGUGCAGGAUUAUCCACUAGUGUCAGCCACAGAGGCAGUGGGAGGCAUGCAACCUGUGGUUGACAGCUGUGAUGAACAGUCCUUACAGUGACCACUGCUGCAACUGAAGGAUCAAGUAUUUGUCAUGUUGGCUUUUUACAAAUGUUCUUCUUUCUACUUUAUCUUUCUACUUUUUUGCAUCGAUUUUUACAUCAAGUUUACAUUAAACUCUUAUGAUGAAAUGAA